GGGGCUCCAGGCCUUUAAUUCCCACUGCUAGAGCCUCGCUAGGCUUUAGGACCCCAGGAUUUGGCGAUGGCGGUUCGCUGGGGCAUCGUGUCAGCCGGCCUUAUCUCCAGCGACUUCGCGGCCGUGCUUCAGGCACUGCCUCGCUCAGAGCACCAGGUGGUAGCAGUGGCGGCCCGCGACCUGAGCCGGGCCAAGGAGUUUGCGCGGAAAUACGACGUCCCCAAAGCUUACGGGUCCUAUAAAGAGUUGGCCGAGGACCCGAACGUGGAGGUGGCCUACAUUGGCCCCCAGCACCCCCAGCACAAGGACGCGGUGUUGCUAUGCCUGGCAGCGGGCAAGGCCGUCCUGUGCGAGAAGCCCAUGGGCGUGAACGCGGCGGAAGUGCGCCAAAUGGUUGCAGAGGCCCGAUCCCGAGGCCUCUUCCUAAUGGAGGCCAUCUGGACCCGCUUCUUUCCUGCCAUGGAGGCUCUGAAGUCUGCUGUGUCCCAGGGAACUCUGGGGGAUCUUCGGGUCGCUCGGGCAGAAUUUGGGAAGGACCUCACCAGCGUACUCCGGGCUGUAAACUGGUCCCAGGCUGGUGGUGGCCUGCUGGACAUGGGCAUCUACUGCAUCCAGUUCAUCUCCAUGGUCUUUGGUGGGCAGAAGCCAGAGAAGAUUUUGGCUGUGGGAAGGCGCUAUGAAACAGGCGUGGACGACACUGUCACUGUGCUGCUCCAGUACCCAGGAGGGGUCCAUGCCAGCUUCACCUGCAGCAUCACUGCCCAGCUCACCAAUACAGCCUCUGUGAGCGGUACUAAGGGCAUGGCCCAGAUCAUGAACCCAUGCUGGUGCCCGACAGAGCUGGUGCUGAAGGGGGAGCACAAGGAGUUCCCACUGCCCCCAGCUCCAAACAAGGACUUCAAUUUUACAAAUGGAAUAGGCAUGAUGUAUGAGGCCAGGCAUGUCCGGGAGUGCCUACGAAAGGGCCUGAAGGAAAGUCCUGUGAUUCCCCUGGCGGAAAGUGAGCUCAUGGCUGACAUCCUUGAGGAAGUACGGAAGGCCAUUGGAGUCACCUUCCCCCAAGACAAACACUGAUAAAUGAAUACCUUCAGUAAAUAAAGACAUGGCUUCUA